AUGAAAGAAUCCAACCUAGAACAGCAGAGUAAUUCCGGGAAAAGGCGGACUGACAUUUUGUCGCCAGAGUCACGUCGACCCUGCAGUGUCUAUAUUUGUUCUUACUGGUGUUUGGGGGAAAACACAGAAGACAAUUGGAUCAUGACGACAGAGAGAAACAGCAAAGCCCUGAAGGUGAAACAAGAGUGUGGUGAGAACGUCCCCUUCCUAUCGGACAGUGAGCUUAUGUCCCUCUCGGUGCGAGAGUUGAACCUCCACCUGCGCGGCCUUUCCCGCGAGGAGAUCCAAAAGCUGAAGCAGCGCCGUCGCACCUUGAAGAACCGGGGCUAUGCCGCCAGCUGCCGGGUCAAACGGGUCUCCCAGCGAGAGGCCCUGGAGCAGCAGAAAAUAGAGCUCCAGAGAGAGGUGGAGCGGCUCGGAGCCGAGAACGCCGGCAUGAGGAAAGAGCUGGAGGGUCUCGGCGCCCGUCUGGCCGCCCUACAGAGGUUCGCUAGGAGUCUAGAAGCAGGAGGAGGCAGCCUUUUAGCUACAGCCCCACGUCUCAACACAGCCUCGGUCAUCACCAUCGUGAAGAGUCCACCGCAGCCUCAGCCACAGAGAGAACAGGAGCCGUCCUAGAAGAAGCUGCUGGAACCAGACUGGAGGGUGGGGUUUUUAGAGGGUUGGAUAGUCUGCAAUGCAAACACACACCCACACAGCCAUAAGCAAAAGGCAUACAUAUACUAUACACACACACACACACACACACAAAAGAGAGCAGGAAGACUACAUAAGUAGGAAAAUACUAAACACUUUUCUGCGUUGCGCCUUUUUUUCACAUUUUGAUAUGCAGUUAUUCACUUCAGUGCAGAAUGGUGUGUAAUGUCACCGAGCAACAGCAGCCUGGUUCAGACUGUUAAAAUAAUGACAAUGAGAAGUUCAUCCAGGACAGGUGGAGGUGUCCUCUGCUGCAGCUUAGUUGACUGAAAGAGUGUUUUUCUGUGGAAGCACUCAGAGUUUAGAAUUAUAGGAUGCAUAUGGUUUAAUGUGAAGCAUUGAACACUGAUGCACUCAGCUAACACACUCGCACAAAACCGUCAAUCACCAAAGCACCCGAGGGCGCAGACGUAGAGUAACUGGAGCAAAUAGAACAGCCAACUCAAAACAGAGGGGCUGUACAUCUUUGCUGAUCGGUCGCAAUGUCUUCCUGCGUCCAUCCGUGCAAAUGUCCGCAGCUUCUUCCAGCUCUACAUCUGCGUUUCCCCUUUAGUUCAUCACAAUGCAGCCUUUCUUGGUCUGGAAGUAUUUAAGCAGAGUAUUUCUAUAUAUUGUAAACUCCCUCUAUGCUCGAUGUUUUCGUGAUGAGAAUUCAGGGAGCAAAAAACAGUCAGAAUCUAGGA